UUCCCUUUGUGCGCGUGCCUCAAACCACGAAAUGAAGAUUGAAGAGUGUCGAUUGCAGUGCAACGCAGCAGAAUAGGUCACAAUCUUGAUCUCGAAGCUCGAACGAGCAAUGGGGAUUCAAGGUCUAUUACCGCAAUUGAAAUCGAUUAUGGUCCCAAUCCACAUCAAGGAAUUGAACGGUUGUUCUGUGGCGGUAGACACCUAUUCUUGGCUCCACAAAGGUGCCUUAUCUUGCAGCACUGAGCUCUGCAAAGGGAUACCCACAACCAGGCAUAUUGAGUAUUGCAUGCGUAAAGUGAACUUGCUGCGCCACUACGGUGUUGAGCCGAUUCUAGUAUUUGAUGGAGGUCUUUUACCCAUGAAGAGUGAACAAGAGAACAAGCGUGCCAGGGCUAGAAAGGAUAAUUUUGCACGCGCAAUUGAACAUGAGUCUGAUGGAAAUUCUACUGCUGCCUUCCAUUGCUACCAGAAAGCUGUUGAUAUUUCACCUCUAAUUGCGCAUGAACUCAUUCAGGUGUUGAAGCAAGAGAAUUUACAGUAUAUUGUUGCUCCUUACGAAGCAGAUGCCCAGAUGACAUUCUUGGCAAUUAGCAGACAGGUUGAUGCAGUUAUAACUGAAGACUCUGAUCUUAUACCAUUUGGUUGUCCAAGAAUUAUCUUUAAAAUGGACCAGUUUGGCCAAGGUGUUCAGUUUCAAUAUUCCAUGCUGCAAAAUAAUAAGGAGCUUAGUUUUGAAGGGUUCAACAGACAAAUGCUUCUUGAAAUGUGUAUUUUGAGCGGCUGUGAUUAUCUUCAGUCAUUGCCAGGGAUGGGUCUCAAAAAGGCUCACACAAGCAUUAAAAGAUUUAAAAGUUAUGACAAGGUUCUAAAACACUUGAGAUACAGUGGUGUUUCUGUGCCUCCCUUUUACGAAGAGUCAUUCAAGAAGGCUAUACUUACUUUCCAAUAUCAACGGGUUUAUGAUCCAAUUAAUGAAAAUAUUGUCCAUUUGUCUAAUGUACCUGAUGAUAUUGGUGAUGAGUUAGACUUUUUGGGCCCACCCAUGCCAAAAGAUAUAGCACAAGGAAUUGCAAAGGGGGAUAUUGAUCCAAUUACCAAAAUUCCAUUUAAGGGAGAGAAUCUUAUUUCCCCAUCCGCAAUUGCAGGAACAUGUCAAUUCAAAACUUCUCAUUCUGAAACUGCGAAAAAAAAGAUUGAUCUACCGGUGCAGAAUAAUCUUUUGACCAAGUACUUUUGUUUUGCAUCUCUUGAAGCAAAAAGGAAAUUCAUAGCACCUAGGGUGUCACUGUCACCUACUACUUUAAGUCAAAGUUCAUUGGAUUCCUCAUCUGUCAGUUCCCUGGAACAUGAGACUUUAGAAGCUGCUGCUAGUGAAACAAAGAACUCUGCUGCAUCCAUAGUUGACUCUGAAAAUUGGAGCAAUGACCCUCUUUCCAAUAGCCAUAUUGAGAACAGUUUGACCACCAACAUUUCUGAAUUUAUGGAAUCUCCACAUCAUGUAUCUAUGGCGAGUGAGAAGAGAAGUCCUGAACAUACAAAACUGCAGCAGUCGAGGAAUCCAAUUCAUAAACCUUGUCUGGCUUUGCAUAAGGAGCAUGAGCACACAAGUGUCCAAGACACAGUAGAACCAAAAACCAGGGAGGCAACGGGCAAGGUAAUUGUAAGAAGUCGUUAUUUUCAGCACAAGCAAGUAGAAAAAAAAGUUUGUGGUGAGAAACAAGAUCACUUGUCGUCUGGCAUUGUCAUUGAUGGGAGACAAAAUGCCAUAUCUGACAGUGAUUUAUGUAACGAUCAUUUGAAGAAUAAAGACUUGAAAAGGAAGAUCUCCCCUAAUGACCAUACUCAAAAUGAAAAUUCGCAGCCCAGGCAAAUGCAUCCUGCUUCACCUCCUCAUGACAAUGGUUUCUGUGAUGACAAAGUUGAUGGACCAUUUGCAGAAAGGAGUGCUGAAGAAGAAAAAUUUGGGACAACUAUUUCCCAUUUAAGCCAUUAUUCUCAAAUAGCUGAGAAGUCUAUGGAUAGAUUUGAAUCUGUGAUAUCGUCCUUUAGAUGUUCUUCUGGUUCUCGUGUCAGCGGUCUCAGGGCUCCUCUAAAAGAUGUUCGGAAUACUUGUAAUAAUAGGCCAACAACUGUGGACUUAAAGCAAUAUGCGUAUGUGCCAAAACAAAGGAAGAAAAGCAGAAUAGCUCCUGGGAAUUAAUUCAAGUUGUUUAGCGGAAGUUGAUUGAGGUUUAUGUUGUAAUUGUAACGUCAUUCUACCGUAGCCAGGUUCUGGGCUGAGUUUAAUGCUUCUUUGGCAGCUGUAAAUUGUAUUCUUGAUCUAACAACCUAUUUGAUUGGGAUUGGGAAUUAGUUAUCCCGUGUUCUUCAUGUAAUAACACACCUAGGACAAAAUUGGAUCAAGUGCAUUAUUAAAAGUGGAAGCUGUGUUUGUAUUUUUUUGGGUACCAUGAUGGGAAAUGAGGUAAAGAGGUAUGACCUCAUGCAAACUACCCAACUAUCUUAUCACUGGUUCGAUCAUCAUAGCUUAUGUAAGCUUUGUUUUUAGCGGUUAUCUUUACCAAUUGGAUAUCUCAGAACAA